GUCCGUCUGAGCGUGGUGGGACUGUUUUAUGUUGUUGUUGUCGAGAGAGACGGACCCUUACUCCAGCAUGCUCACUGAGCCUGAGCUACCUCAGGAGUGUAACAGGAUGUCUUCCAAGCGACCAGCCUCUCCAUAUGGGGGGACAGAUGGAGAGGUAACCAUGGCAACCAGCAGACAGAGAGUGGAGGACGAGGAGAGCGAGGGACUGGGCGGUGUCAUCCACCUCCCCCUGGCCUCCUACUGUGGAAAGGUGUCCCCUCGCUCGCCCCCCAGCCGCCACUUGGACAGCCCCCCCAGCACGGAGCAUGAUGGAAUCAAGGGGAGCUCACUGAGUCCUUACCCACAGCACAAUGCUACCUCACCAGGCAAAGAGGAGGGCGGAGGUGGGGGGCGACUAAGCAGCGACAGCAGCUUGGCAACCGGCACCCUCGGGACCCCUGAGAGACGCAAGGGCAGCCUGGCUGAUGUUGUGGACACACUGAAACAACGCAAGAUGGAGGAACUGAUCAAAAAUGAGCCAGAAGAGGCCCCCAGCAUUGAGAGGCUGUUGUCAAAGGACUGGAAGGAUAAACUUUUGGCCAUGGGUUCAGGGCACAUCGGAGAAAUUAAAGGUACACCAGACAGCCUGGCGGAGAAAGAGCGCCAACUCAUGGGCAUGAUUGGCCAGUUGAGCAGCCUGAGGGAGCAGCUUCUGGCGGCACAUGAGGAGCAGAAGAAGCUGGCCGCAUCACAAAUGGAGAAGCAGAGGCAGCAAAUGGAGCUGGCCAAGCAGCAGCAGGACCAGAUUGCCCGGCAACAGCAGCAGCUCCUGCAGCAGCAACACAAAAUCAACCUCCUGCAGCAACAAAUCCAGGUCCAGGGCCAACUCCCUCCACUGAUGAUUCCAGUGUUUCCUCCUGACCAACGGACCCUGGCGGCUGCCGCAGCCCAGCAGGGCUUUCUAAUGCCCCCAGGCUUCAACUAUAAGCCUGGCUGCAGUGACCCCUACCCUCUCCAGCUCAUCCCCACGACAAUGGCCGCUGCUGCUGCCGCCACACCCGGUCUGGGACCCCUGCAGCUACAACAGUUGUAUGCAGCUCAGCUGGCAGCCAUGCAGGUUUCCCCAGGGACGAAGCAGCACGGUGGCAGCCUCGCACCCCAAGCCAACCUGGGUGCACACUCCCCACCCACCAACUCACAUCCACAGGGCGAAAAGAACCGCAGCUCCCCACCUUCAAACAAAAACAAGGACAGUGAGGGUGCACAGCCACUGAACCUGUCGGCCAAGCCUAAGGCAUCCGAGAGCAAGUCACCCAACUCCCCCCCAACUUCCCCACAGGUUCACGCUGCUGCUGCUGCCACCACCAAGCUGGGUCCCACUGGCUCCAUGAAGCACAGUGCAGUGCCCUCCAGCAUCGGAGCGCCGCCAACCAGAGUCAGCUCAAUAGCUUACCUGAGCGAUCAUGAGGCGGUGAGCAAGGCCUUCGCCGAGGCCCGGCAGAUAAAGGAGCAGCUGAAGGGGGAGCAGCAGGCCCUCGACGCCAAGCUGGCUUCCGUCAGCAACCUCAGCCUCAAUAAUGGCCGCUCAGACAAGGACAAAGCUGCCUUGGAGAGUCUGAGUCAGCAGCUGAAGCAGCAGGCCGACGACAAGUUCAGCCACGCCAUGCUGGACUUCACUAUGAGUGGAGACUCAGAUGGGUCCCCCAGCGUGUCAGACUCCAGAAUAUUUCGGGAAACUCGUGGCAGGAACAACAACGAACCGCACAUUAAACGGCCGAUGAAUGCCUUCAUGGUCUGGGCCAAGGAUGAGAGGCGGAAGAUCCUCCAGGCCUUCCCAGACAUGCACAACUCCAACAUCAGCAAGAUCCUCGGCUCAAGGUGGAAAGCCAUGACCAACCUGGAGAAGCAGCCGUACUACGAGGAGCAGGCCCGCCUCAGCAAGCAGCAUCUGGAGAAAUACCCGGACUACAAGUACAAGCCGCGGCCCAAACGCACCUGCCUGGUGGACGGCAAGAAGCUGCGCAUCGGCGAGUACAAGGCCAUCAUGAGGUCCCGCAGACAGGAAAUGAGACAGUACUUCAGCGUGGGGCAGCAAGGCCAGCUGCCCUUAUCCUCUGCAGGCAUGGUCUACCCAGGCACCCUGUCCAUGGCGGGAAUGCCCUCGCCCCAGAUGCCCUCGGAGCACUCGAGCAUGUCCAGCAGCCCCGAACCCAACGCCAACCACCACCAAAACCCCCACAUGCCAGGACUGAAGGGGGACGAGCCACGGAUCAAGGAGGAGGAGCUGCGGCUAGACGACAGCAACGGCGACGUGUACGAGGACUUUGACUAUGAGGACGAAGAGGCUGACUAUGCCAGCGAUAACGAGAACCAUAUUACCCAUUAAGGCCGCACCAGUCACUGCUGGUUAAUCUCUAAAGAUUUUAAAACCAUCAGUCAGGAAGUGGAGUUUGUGUUUCGCCAAUCACCUCAAGUUUAAAAAAUAAAAACACCUCCCACCCUCUCUUCUCCAGACUAACCUGGACUCUUUAACCAGAGCCAAAUCCCCUCCCCUCCGACUGGAGUCCUGACACCAGCAUCUGAUCAAUCAAUGGAAGCACAGGACCUGUCCCCCACACUGACUGUUACACAUGCUGGAGUCUGGGAGGAAGCCAGUUUAAAGCUCACUAAGGAAUAUUCAAGUACUACUGCAAGAGUCUAAUGCCACAAGUGAGGAGACAUUUAUAAAAAUCCCUCCUUUUCAGGCCUAUUUGGAGAAAAGGAGACAUUUUAAACUGAAAAACUAAACAGCGGACCUGUCAAAGACUAACAGAUGACACUUUAGGACGGCGGACCUGUUUAUUAUCAAGAGACACUUUUAAGAAACAGCUUUUUUGUUCUUUGGUUCUAUAAUAUUCUCACUCAGGUACACGGUGCCAAUAAGUGGCUUGUGAAUGUGAUUUGUUGUUUCUGUGCUACAAGUUUGAAUAAUAGAAAAAAGAGACUUUUCUUUUUUCCCCUUUUGUUGUAAAGCACCUGAAAGACAUCAGACCUUUAUUUUUAACUGAAUCUUCAGCCUAGCAAUGUGCUGUCGGCGCCUCCAGCCCCCUCUUUCUUCCCCCCUGCUCAGGGGGUAAGACAGGGGGACCUGAUCGGGGGAUGUCCCGGAGCAGAAUCGAAAGCACUGUGUUUGUAAGACAAUCACGAGUUUUCCUCUCGCUCCGUCCCUCCUGUCACCAUCUCGAUGUCAUCUAGGGUAAAACAAUCAUUGUCAGCACGAGUUCACCUGAAAUAUCUGACAGGUGUGCGUCAGUGUGUGUCGCUUACAGCACUUUUGUUUUUUGGUUUUAGAGCAAAAAAAAAGGAGCUAAAACUAAAUCUUGAAGGAUGAGCAACUUGUUCUGCUGCUGUUAAUGCGCUGUUAACACACACACUCUCUCACAUGCACACACACACACACACACACACACACACACACACACAGAAAGCUAUUGUUGUGUCUUUUAAGUGUUUUCCUGCUCCCUCCAAUCAAAGUUGUCCUGCUGUAACCCAGUGAGUGGAGCUGGAGUGCAGUCAGCCAGUCAGUGUUUCUGUAUUUUAUUAUUAUUUUUCUUUAAAACUGCCUCUAGUCUAAUAAUAUUAUUAACCAUAAUAAAGAGAACGGUCAGCGUUUCCUGAGUUUAGCAAGUUAUGUACAGUAUAAUUUAUUUUUCUCCUCUAUCAGGUUUUUGUGACCUUAUGAAACAGUCACUAAAACAUUAUUCUAUUUAGCUGGUAGGUAUUUAGAUUUAAGCAGAAGUUGUCCUCUUACCUUGCUUUGUUUCUGUUUUGUCUUUUUUCCCCUAAAUCUGUUCUCUUUGUAUUAAUCCUGCGGACGGAUGUGUGGCGGAGUUGGGAAAGCCAGCUCCUCUAAAGACACUGAAGACUUUUUCUUUUUAACGUCCAUGCCCAUUUCUAUGAAGCACUCAGACUCUCUGCAGUCAGAGAAAAAGAAGAACAUUAAUAUUUUUAUUAUUAUUGAUUUAUUUUAUUUGUAAUGAUCAUCGCCAUGUACAAUGUGAAGGUUUCCUCUCUUCAUUUGAUUUUUGUAUUUCUUUGAAAAUGAUUUGUAGGAUUUCUGUGAACAAAGAGACCUGUCCCCAUUUACUAGUUCAGCCGCCUCACCAAGACGCAGUGAAACAUUUGAUUGGGUCCUUACAUUUACAGUCCUGGUCAGUGGUUUACUUGUAUCAUCACCAUGAAUGUCAUGUAUUUAAACCAUUCUUUUAAAGGUGAACUGAUUAUGUAAAAAAAAUUCCAUUAAUUUAAAAAAACAAUAAUUGGCCGGACAAAAUGUAAUUUGUUGCUGGUUUUCCCCAAUUCCACAAAGGUCACAAUUGUGCCUACACCCCUAUCAUUAAGUGGUUAAAUGUCCAUUAGCAAGUUACCCCUCAACCCCACAGUUUAAUAGCGAUAACAUAGAACUUCCAUAAUUCUGGCUGAAUGUUUCACCAAUGUUCUUAUCAGAAAUGGAAGAAGCCAUUUAAAAUGCUUGGUUUGCUACCAUGAAGACAGCCCUGAAGCAUGGUCCAUACAUUUUCAAUAGGACUGAAAUUUGGGCCAUUCCACAGGCUUGAUGUUAGCUUGCUUUAUCUAUUUGAAAAACCAGUUUUGAUGUGUGUUUGGGAGCUUUUUCCUGUUGGAACACCCAAGUAGACCCACUGUUUCGCACCAUCUAGCAGCUGAUUUGCAGUGAAAUUUAAGAAUUGUGUCCUCAUUCUUUAUGACUUAUUUACCUUAUUUACCAGAAACAAAUGCAGAAAAACAGUCCUACAGCAUGAUGCUGCCAGUGCCAUGCUUGAUAGUUGGUACAGUUUUCUUACGCUUCACCUCGACUCUUCCAAUCAUUCUUGUCAUUGUGGCUAAAUAAUCUUUGUCUUAUCUCUACAUGAAGCUAUUCUCCAGAAAGCAUUUAACUUGUGCACGUGGCUCAGCUGCAUAUUUUCGUCCUGCUUGAAGAAAUUGAUUUUGGGCCAAGCAAUUUAUUAUUGCUCAUCACCCUCCAGGUCCAUAUUAAUGUAAGACCUACGUCACUGUGGACAGUUAUGCUGGUGUUCCAGCAUCUUGUAGUUUAGGAUUGGCUAGAGCCUUGGUGAUUUCUGGGUUGCUUCUAAACAUCCUGGCCAACUUCCUCUCAUUAGAGUGGACAGAUAGUUGAAAUUUAGUCACAGUUGAGUGUUCCAACAGAACAAUGAUCACAAACUUGGAUUAAAACUAAUUUUGGAAAACAACAGAUGCAACAGCCCUGACAUGACUUUAUGGAAGAUUUGUGGACCACCCCUAAAAAGGCAGGGCCACCUUUUUAUUUAUUUAUUUUUUUACAAAAUCUACAUUAAUUUUGUUAAUUGUUUAUCCAAUUCUUGUUUUUAAAAAUUCAACCCCCAAGAAAGAACCAUUUAAUGCAUGGUUCAAACACCCUCCUAAUUAAUAUAACAUUCAGGCUAAUUAUAAUGAGUGUAUUUAAACUUCUGACCGGCACUGUGUCUGCACGCACAACCACAAUCACUAAAACUAACACACAAACACCUAUAAGAUAAAGAGAGUUUUGUUUGAACUAAACAAAUCCUAUGCUGUUUUUUUUUUUUUCAGUUUAAAAUCCUGUACAUAUUGCGAAUGUUUUUUGUAAUAGCAGGGAUUGUCUUUCAUCAUCGUAGGAGAGCAUUGUUUACUCUGAUCCAACAGGAAUGUUUCACCGUGCUCGGUGUGAGGCGGCUCGGCAGUAUCUGUAAAAAAUUUUUAUCGGGAGCCUUUUGCUUUGAGCUCCACACGACGCUAAAGGAGCCAUGACUACUCUUCGGGUGUGACGUCACUUAGUGAUCCCCAAUCUUUUUUAGCGCUAUAUAAGUGUUCCACAUAAAGAGCUUUUGGGUUUUAAUUGUGCUGUAAAGUCACCCCUGUUAUCACCACACUGUUGCUGGAGAGAGGAAUCAGGAGAGCUUGUGGGGCAUUAGAGACAUCAAUCAUCCCUGCUGGCAAGGUCUGUCCCCAUAUCAAGACAAUGAAAAUGAUAUUAUUUAAGACAAUCAGUCACGAGUGGAGCUCAAAACAAAGUAGGAAUUAUUACAAGUAAACAAAAAAAUAUCUUACCAUCUCAACUUGAAAAAUCAAGAUAAUUAUGUAAAUAUAACAUAGAGUUAUAGAUUUAUAUUUUGUUCAUAACACAGUGUAAUAUAAGUUGUAUAUUUCUGUUUUUGCUUUCUCUCCCUACUGUCUCUUUUAUUGAUGUUUAUCCAUGCCACAGAAAAGCAAGAGUCACAGUACUCUCACAAAAAAAUAAAGAAAAAAUAUCAAAGAAAUAAAGAAAAAACGCGAAAAAAAAUCCGUGGGCUGCCACCACCAUCUGUUCUAAGUUCACUUUUUUUUCAGUAUUACUGCCAGACGAGGCUCUAAUAAAGACAGCAAUGUGUUGAAUAAAA